AUGUUGCUGCUGAGUGUUGCUUCAGUAUGUGUCUCAGCGGACACGACUUCCCAUAAUGAGGACGAUAAUCAUUCUGCUUGCACUGAAAAUUCUGAGAAUACUCCUAGUUGCUCCUCUACUGAACCUGGUGCUAUUCCUGGUGCUGUUUGCCUUGAGGGUUCUGACGCUCCUGAUGGUAAGUGUCGUCAUGACUCUAAUCCUGUUGUCCCCCCACAGAUACCAUCAGAACGAGCAGCACCUUCUCUUCCUGUUCUUGAAUCUGCUCCAAGUGACACUUGCAAAAAUGGUUCUGGUGUUCUUACUGAUCCUCCCUGCACUAAACCUCCGAAACCUACCGCAGGUGGUGCUGGUGAUGUUGUGAGUGAAGGAGUGCAGCAGUUGGAUCAUGAUGCACGUACGCAGGUUACUGUUUCAAACUCUAUUGUUGCUUUGCCUGGUGUAGACCAAGUGGGGCAUCAGCAAGCUGUUAUAAAUCCAGAGAGUAAUGCGGAACUGCUUCCAAAUGUACAUAAUGCCGAUCAAUUGGAGAGUACUGCAGCAUUAUCACCUACGGUGAGGGUUGAAGUUCCCAAUCAUGUUCAGUCGCCACAAGUGAUGGGAUCGAAAGAUGCUCAGACUUCUUCACAAACUACAGAUGCAGCUCAUACAGAUUCACCAGACACCCAGAGAACCGACAGCGGUAAAACAGAUGAACCUCAAUCUUCUGAUAACACACACAAUUCUCAACAACAAAAUGGUGAAACUGAGAAUGCUAAUGGUGAUACGAACCCUGCAGAAGGUGAAUCAACCAAUACCCAAAAAGUUGAGGAAGCAACCACCACCACCACCACCACCACAACAACAACAACAACACUUCCUCCUGAACUCACAAACAACAAGAAGGGUGAUGCAGACAGCAGCAGCAGUAUCAGCAGUUCUGUGUGGGUGCGUGUGCCACUACUGAUUGUGGUU